UAAGCAGCGAAACCGACAGCAAUGAUCAGUUACCCGCCAGUCAUCGAAAGGAAAAGACACAAGGUUUUUGUCUCCGGAUUGACAAUGGCCUACGCAGCUGAAACAGGAGACUGGGAUGAAUUUUAUCAUCCAGCACUUCAGACAGAAGAGGAAGUGUUAUUAGUGUAUGAAGAACAGUUUCCAUUAAAUGACUUUUGGAAGGAUCAUUUUAACCUUGCAAUCCUGCAGCAGAUAUUAGACACAAAAUUCAACUGCCAUCCAAGCAGCGAAUAUGUUGCAAAGAAAGAAGUUUCCCAGAGUUCGAGGCAUCUGCUUGUGAAAUGUAAGGUAUGCAACUGUGAUUUAGUGAGAUAUGCAGUACUUAUGAGUCAUCAUGAUGGGAAAAAACAUAAAAAGAUGUAUCAGAACAAUUUGAAAAAGUUGAUGGAUCCUUCCUUUGAGCGAAAGAUCGAACUCAGAAGUCUGGCUCAGCCGAUGGAGGGCUUUCAUCCAGGAACACUGGAAUAUUUGAUUAAUAAUGAUCCGCAGCCUAUUGUUGGUGUUCAGUUCCUGUACUCAAACACUAUGAAUGGUACAAGAAGCUACCACUGUAAACUCUGUACAUUUUGCUCACACACGCAAGAGAUGAUGCUAGCACAUCUGAAGUCAGUGUAUCAUGUUAAGUCAUUCUUUAUUACAAAGUACAAAAUGGACAUCCCCCAAAGUGAAAUGAACGCAGCCUGCAGACGAGUUGUGUGCAAUGAAGGACAGAUCAACCACAUGAUUCCUGAAUUCUCCUUAUCAAGAGGAGUGCAAGGGCAAGUGACUAAAGAAACAGAAAUGAAACGAAAGUGUUUGGAGGUUGAGAGUAAUGCCAUGUUGGCAAUGGCAAAAGAAGUUGGAGUUCAGAAGGAACUGGAUCCUUAUCUGUGCAUUACUUUGGCCAAAAGGGUUCCUAUGAUGUAUCGAACAACAGAGAAAAUGGACUUAAGUAAGUUAGCCUUCUUCAUGAGCUACAUCUAUCUCUCCAUCAAAAAGCUGGAUCUCUACUACACAGUGAAAGGAGACGAGUUCAAUAUGGUGAAGAUGAAGAAGCUCUUCUACUACUUCUCAAAUGUUUGCAACGACAUGAAUUUAGUGCCGCCCCGAGAAUGCCCCGAUGGUGAGCUGUCUCCUUCGAAAACCCAUCUUUCGCACAAAUAAUUUGAACUUGCUGAAGACCUUUCCACGAAGAACACACAGCAAAGCUAAACAUUGAAUUGUUUUUAUUAUUAUUGAAAGUGUUUUUGCAGAAAGGAAAGUGGUUAGGAGACGGAAUAUUUGGGUGUCCAUUGAUAAUCCAAUCAGCUGGUUUAUUUUACUUUUCAGAUACAAAAUAGAAAGCGAUAUGCAAUCCUUUGUUUCUGCCGCUGUGUUUGUUACUUUCCCAUGGGUUUGUCUUCUCAUUUAUAUCACUCUCUCUCUCGUGCUUCGAAUCACCAAGGAAGAAAACUUUUAAUUUGCUAAAUACCUCCGCAUGAAGAGGUCUUUAGGUCUUCAAAGGAAAUUAUUUAAUAGACUUAUGUAUCAUGAGAUUAAUUUCAGUAAAAUUGCGAGUGAUUUAAAUAAAUCGGCAAAAUCUUC